AUGCGAGACAAACUCCCUGUCUUAGGAGAUCGAGAUGGCCAUCACGUAUUUUUAGUUGAAUGGCAAAACGUGAGAUUCCAUACAGCCAUUAACUUCAGACCAGCAGUAGUCCAUACUCCAGGGGAAACGGCAACUGGAAAUGCGCGAAGGAGGAAGGGUGUGGGUAGGCCGAGCUAUUUCCAUUCCGACGUUUUGAGCAAGAGCGCCCUGCAUGACAAGGAUGUGUUCAACCUCUAUGGCAGAGACAGCGAGGGGAAUUACUGGGUCGGGGCUGUCUUGAGCAAGAAAGCUAUGAAGAACUUUGAGAAGAAGUUUGAAGCGCCUGCAGCAGAAAAUUGCGCAGAGAGAACCUAG